UUCCUUCUCAUGCUUCCCUCGUAGAUAAAUGGACCGCUACUAUGAUUCACGACCUCAUGCGUCGUCAAGUCUUCAGAUCUGGCCGAAUCAUGGCCACCAUCCGCGUCUUCUUCCAUUCCGCAUACUACAACGCACUACUCUUGUCGCUCCCUUCGUUCCCGUGCUUCUCUCAAGAUCUCGAGGACUUUCGAGAGAAAAUGCGAUUCGCUUGGCUCGAUAGCACCAUCCAAUAUGCAUGGGACGAUUUCGCCACUGCCCUGCUGAACACCUGGAAUCGGUCUGGAAGAGACUGUGUAUGGCUUAUGUUGUAAGUCAAAG